CUCUCCCCCUCAAGAUGCGCUUCAGCCUUCUCUUCUCGCUCUGCUGUCUAGCAUUUGUCCUGUCGAUCAGGGCAAGUCCGAUGAACCCUUCGCCAUCAGCCAAUCCUACGAAGUCAAGCCGUCGCCAGGGUGAACGCAUCUCCCACUAUAAAGGCUUUCUCAAGAAGGAUCAGGAGGAAGAGAAGACGACAGAAAUAAACCUCGAAUCUGCAAUGAAAGAGCUGAAGCUGAAUCCAGAUAACGAGGAAGCCAAGACCAUUGUCGAAUCCAGCAAGGGACACAUGGGGCGCCUCCAAGGACGAAAAGAAAAGACCAAGGAGAAGCUGGAUGACCAAAAGCGAAAGAUCUGUUAGCAGU